AUGAGUGAUUAAUAUUAGAAGGCUGAAAGUCAGGAAAAUUCUAGUUAGUUAUCUUCUUAGGAUGAAUAACAGUAGAAAACCAUAAAGCCAGCUGAAUUGGUAGCUCUUCCAAAAGUUUAUGCACAAUCCCUCAAUAAUGAAUAACCAUCAACAAGAGAAGAAAGGAAAAUGAAAUAAUAUUUACAACGCAUCUAAGAAUAAGAGCGUUUAGAGGACGUAUGUUUCUUUUAAAUUUAGAUUUACAAAGGCUGCCACUUUAAAAAAGAAGCGCACAAAAGUAAUAUAUCUUAUAUAUAUUAUAUUUUAGCCAAACCCGCCAUAAAAAUAACAGGAUAAUUUAGAAUUGCCAAUAAGUGCAGAAAAUGGUGAAAACGUAGAGGAUGAAGGAAUGUAAAAUAUAUCCUUUUUUUUAUUAGUUUAUUGAACCCUCCAGCAAUUUAAUUAAAUCCAUAGGUAUUAUAAACAGAAUAAUAAUCUGAAAUCUAAACUCAACAAUUAAAGAUGAGAUUGAACCCUAAGUUAAAAAUAAAGGUAUUCUUCACAAUUUAGAAUAGGAAAAACAUCAUGUGUACAUUUAUUUAGCAAAUUGUCAAGAUCAAAGCUUAGAGAAUGUUUAAGAAUUAACAUCCAAAGCAACUCAAUUUUAUUCACCUUAAAAACAACUGAAAGAACAAUCAAGUCUAAAUCAAAUAAAUCAAGAAAUAUUUUAGGAAACCACUAUCAUAAUUAAAAAUAUCAAAAACUAAUAUUAAUAAUACAUUGAUUAAACCUCAAAUGGGAAUUCCAAUGAUCAAAAGGACUUUGUGAUCAAAUAUUUAGAUAAGAAGUACAUAGAAUCUGUGCUGAGAGAAAGUAAAAUGCAAAUAUAAAGGAAAUAAACAAAUGAUAAGUAAUUAUAAAAUGGAAAACAGAUGCAAAAAAAAUAUUGA